AUGAAAUCGGCUUGUUUAUUUUUUUUGCUCAUUAUCUCCCAAGGUUGGUUUCAAAGCUUUCAGUAGAUUUGUGAUGAAUAAAAUGUUAUCUGAAGAAAUUUUUCUCAGGUCGGUCCGUUAAAGACGACAAGUCUACCACGACGGAAGUCCCUACAACAAGUACGCAAUUUUUUUGAACUUGAACGAAUAGUUCGAUUUAUUUCCAGUUAAGUUUCAAAUAACUUGUUUUUUGAUAUACCAGUCGAAAUUCCCAGAUGAUUUUGAGGAAAAGGUCAUCUUUUCUUUUCUCAAGUAAAUCAUAAAAACUCAGCCGCCGAUUGCGAAGAUGAUCCACUCGCAGACUGCAAGGAUAUGGCCAACAUGUGCUCUGACGGGAAUUUGCAGCCUCUGUUGAAACUGUAACUGUGCUCUGUUUCCCUGUAGACAUUCGAGUUUUAGAAAAUGUCCGAAAACCUGCAACUUGUGUGGACCGAUGACUACAGGUAACUUGAGCUUGCGGUUAUUGGACGACGGCUUUUUUUUUUGCAGAAAAACCGUGCGCCGACGACCCCGCCGCCAAUUGUUCGACUUUGUUGAGCUACUGCGCCAACAAAAACAUGGAGCAGAUCAUGAGAGAGUUGGUUUUUGAAGUGAAAAUAUUGAAUAAAAGUAGAAAAAAUGACAUAUUCUUUGUUUGUUUUGCAGAGAAUGCCCUUUGACAUGCGGAUUUUGUGGUCCAACAACGACAGGUAAUUUUUUGGAAAAUUAAAUAUUACAAAAACCUAUUCAGCGCCAACUUGCCAGGAUCAACCGGGCGCUGAUUGCAACAGUCUAAAAACGCAGUGCUCGAAUCCGCAGUACUCGACAAUGCUCCACCAGUAAGAUAUCAAAAAAACGUUUAUUUUUAGCGAAUCCAGAAUGAUACAAAAUACUUCAACGAACCUAUUGUGUUCCCAGUAUAAUUUAACUCAUAUCAAUGAUCAAGAGUUGAAACCGAAUAAACCGCUCGUCACGAAGGAUUUGACCUUUUCCAUCGAAAUUGCUAUGCUUCUUAGGUACUGCUCGAAAACUUGUGGCUUCUGCGGACCUACAACUCCUCUCCCAUGUUCCGACACGACCAACAAGUUGGUGAACUGGAGAAACGCUUGAGUGAUCCCAGAAUUUUAGCUGCAAGGCCUGGGCAGGCAACGGUUUCUGCACGGACCCUUUUUACUCGCCAGAAGAGCGGAAAAAGUUCUGCGCCAAAACUUGUAAUCUUUGUUGA